CACAUUCCCAUUUCGUAUUUAAACUUGGGCACACAAUGAACACACAUCCAACCUAAUCAAUUUAGUAAAUCUUGCAAAGAAACCAUCGAUCAAGUUAGCCAAAAAAAUCCUCCAAAAGGAUGUCGAAUCUUCAAGUAUCAAACCAAGUUUUCGACGAGCGUGAGGGAGCAGAAAUCGUAUAUGGCGCCGAAGAAUGCUACAAGCACUCGCUGGAACUCCUCGAGGAACUAGGGUUCCCGAAAGGAGUCCUCCCGUUAAAAGAUCUCGUGGAAUGUGGUAGAGUUCGAGCUACUGGAUUCGUGUGGAUGAAGCAAAAGGCUCCGUAUCAACACUUCUUCACCAAGAGCAAUACCCUAGUGAAGUACGAAAGUGAAGUGACCGCAUAUGUGGGAAAAGGUAAAAUGACGAAAAUGACUGGCACCAAGAGCAAGCAGAUGCUCUUAUGGGUGCCCAUCGUGGAAAUGAGUAUGGUGGAUGAGGAUGUUGCUCCAUCAAAGAAGAAGAUCUACUUCAAAACUCCAAUGGGGAUCGGGCGAGCUUUCCCCGUCACUGCUUUCAUGACUGAGGAGGAGAACCAAAAGUAUUUAAAGAAUUAAUUAAAGUUUUAAUGAAUUGAUCCAUCCAUGAGAUUGAUUGUCAAAUCUUGAAAUGUCAUCAAGAUCAUCCAUCAUCACUUUGAUUUGUUGUCACCAAUAAGACUUGAACGCUUAAUAUUAUCUGUUUUUUCCUUUUGGCUUUCCUCUAUUUUAUUUUCUAAACUUUCAUAAGCAUAUAUAUUGUUAACUAAUUCAUAACGUGAUUUAAUGGAGAAAGAAAAGAACAAUUAUGGUAUACGAAAUUGUCUGCAAGUAAUGAUAAUCCUUUACAAC